AUGCAACCUUUGGACCCUGCCACGGCAUAUAAAUACGGAACACCAGGCGUGGCGGUUAAGAUCGACAUGGAGUUUGCGAUAGUCUUGGUCACAGCGCUUCUCUUUUCCUCCGUGGUUCAGGGGCAACGCGAACACGCCGAGGGCUGCACCUCGUUCCACUGUCGACGCAGAGCCUUCCUACUGGAGGAGCGUGAGAAGCUCAAUGAAAUGCAACUGGAUCUCAUUAAGAUGGGCAUGGAGAUGCAGCAGCUCAAUGAAGAGGAACGACUCCUGUUCGGACGCCAUCCAGUUCAUUCGAGAGUACAAGAACACUAG